AUGACUUACGGAAUAAUUAAACAAGGCAGUAAAUAUACUAAAGACUAUAAAGUGUAUCUUACUAAGGAUGACAAGAUUAUUUCACCAUGGCAUGAUGUUAAAUUAAAGAUUGAUUCUGAGGUUUACAAUGUGGUAAUCGAAAUUCCUCGAUUUACAAACGGUAAAUUUGAGAUUGAUAAGAAAGAAGAAAUGAAUGCUAUUAAACAGGACGUUAAAAAGGGCGAAGUUCGAUUCAUUCAUAAUGUUUAUCCAUAUAAAGGUUUUCCAUUUAACUAUGAUGCUUUACCUCAAACAUUUGAAGAUCCCUCUAUUAUUGAUGAGCAAUUUAAGACAUGUGGUGAUGAUGAUCCUCUUGAUUUUGUUGAAAUUGGAUCAGUAAACCAUGAAAUUGGUGAUGUUGUUCAAGUAAAAAUACUUGGGUGGGUGUCUUUGCUUUAUUGA